AACUACGCAAGAGAGUCGAAUAGAAGUGAAAAUAAACUAGUUUUAUUUGAUUAAUAAGAAUGAAUUUUUCCCUGGUGCUACAGCAUUACUUGAUAAUUUGUUUGAAUCUAGUUUUGGCAGCGGUUGUUGCAGAAGAAUGUGUGAAUAUCUCAAGUGAAGGAAUAUCAAUGCGUAUAAAUUCCAGUACAACGACACCACAGACAGCCACGUCUUGUCCCGCGCUCCAUAAUGCAGACGCAUUAACCCAAACUCAAUUGAUUUAUCGACUUACCACACCAUGUCGGUUUGAUCGAUUUGACAGACCGUUUCCCAUACUUGAAAAUAACUCUGUAUCCGAUCAGCCAACAAAUAUUUAUUUGCGGAUUUAUAUUACUGAUAUAAAAAUAAUUGAUACCAAUGAUAUACAGUGCAAAAUAUUUGGAUUUCUACAGAUUCGUUAUAUGGACCACAGAUUGGCAUUUGAAGACUAUGCACCAAAACGUCUGCAACCGAUAUUCGGUGAUGCACAAAUGCUGGAUCGAAUAUGGGUUCCACAUAUAUUAUUUGCUAAUGAGCAAAAUUCCGCUAUCUUGGAAACAAGUCAGAAAGACAUUUUAAUAAUGGUUAUGCCAGAUGGAUUGUUGAGCAUCUCCACCCGAAUAGAAGUAGCAUUAUCUUGUUCGGUUGCAUUAAAUAAAUUUCCCCUUGAUGAUCAACAAUGCUCUGCGAUUAUAGAAAGUUGGCUGUACAAUUCUUCCGAAGUAAUACUGCACUGGGAAGAUGAAGAUUCGAUCGAAUUUGAUCCAAAUAUACAGCUAAUAGAUUAUGACUUACAAUAUUCUUGGCACAAUGAAACAAUAUUCCAAACCAGGAAAGGAUAUCUUCGGUAUACUUUACUGGGUGGCAAUUAUAGUUCUAUAAGUUUUACUGUUUACCUGACGCGCGAUUCGUUGUUUUAUACAUUUGACUAUUUUCUACCUUCCAUUAUGCUUGUUGGAAUUUCUUGGGUCUCAUUUUGGCUUCAAGCAGAUCAAACCCCUGCACGUACCACAUUAGGCACAAGUACUAUGUUGUCGCUCUUUACGUUAACUUCUAACUACGAAAAAAAAUUCGAAAGAAAAAACCAUGCACAAUUUUUUGAUGUUUGGUUUUUCAGUUGUACGUUCUUUAUAUUUGGUAGUCUUAUGGAAUUUGCUUUUGUAAAUACUAUAUGGCGCCGAAAUAAAUGCUUAAGCCUGAAGAAAGCCAAUAGCAGAUAUAUUUUUAAGUCGACUUUAACCCCAAAAGUUAUACCACAAAGUAAUAUCUAUGAUUGUGAGACAGACGGUCGCAUACACUUCUUUAAUGGCAAUAUUUGUAAUCAGUCGAGAGAUAAAGGGCAAGUCAACGUGUUAGAAUCCGAUGUAAAUUUAAGUGGUGAACAUCAAGAGAAAAAAGUUUGUAAUGAUUCAUGGGCGACUAUGACACCUCAUGAGGUUUCACUUUGGGUAGACCGCAAAGCAAGAUUUGUGUUUCCACUACUGUUUAUCAUAUUUAAUGCAAUUUAUUGGACAUUUGUUUAUUGUUUAUAGUUCUGCAAAACGAAAUAAUAGUUAAUAUUAUUAGUUAAUAUUAAUUUACAAUAGUAAAACCUUUAAUAAAGACAAAAAUAAAUAAAAGGCUGUUGCCGUCAUUGUCUGUCUAA